GAGUCUAGUCUAGCUUUGCUCCGCUCCGCUCCUUGUCGCACGCCCAGUGCCAUGCCACUUCUGCAGCAGCGUUACCGUGCUUUGCUGUCCACCAUAGCCCAACCUUCCACCCUUGCAAGCCAUUUUCAGCCCCUUCUCUCCCUGAAUUCUCGUUCUGUCGCCCUUGCACGCUCGCUUUCUCAUCUCAGCGCAGAAUCCACACACUCGUGCGCCGCGCUGUCACGUUGUGUGUAAUUUAGUUUGGGGAUUGUGAAGUGGAUUCUGCGUUGUUUGCUUGUGCAUUGACGCUCUCAGUGCGAGGUGAUCGGAGUGAGUUCUCGACGUGUUGGUCAUCGUAGAGUAGUACUAGGAAGGACCUGCCUCUACCGUUUCGCCAGGGGGGGAUGUUGAGGUAGAAGCCUCUGGAGAAAGCCGUAGCUCAACCUUUGAAGCCAGAGACUUAGAAGUUUGCUGAACUAGUCCAUCCGCGCCGGAGGCUUUAAGGAAUUUCAGUGGAAGAAUUGAGUCUACAACUUUACAAUUUCUAGAGAAGCGGUUUGACCAUACGAAGUGCGGAAAGACGUCCUAUUUUUGGACGCAUAUGUUCAUUUUUGUCAUGAUUAUUUGAUAGUUGGUGUUUCGGACGGGAGCGACACUGGUUUCUGUGGGAGCGGCUUGAAGAUUUUUGACGAAGAUGUUACAUACUUUUCGGGGUGGUGCGGGUACGGCAUGGUUGUCAGUGAAUGCUUUCAUCGGAGAGCUUUCAAAGGAACAGGUUCUCGCGGUUGUUUCUGUGGACAUUGUCGUCGAUGCUGAUGUGGGAACCAUUGCGAAGGGGACUUGUAGGGGGCUUCACAUGCUCCAGAACUAAGCAGCCUCUCAAGCGCUGGUACGCGUGGAUGUCCAGGCGGUGUGCCGGUGCAGAUGCAGAAGGUUCUGUGGGCUUGGUUCUAGGCAGUAGAUUGGAGAGUAGCAGGGAACCAGGGGAGCGCGAAAAAUUUGGUUAACAUAAUUUUGAGGGAGUAAGCAAAGUUUGUAGGUGAAAUAGGAACGCGAGUAUGCGUAGCGGGGCAAAUUCAGUGCAACACUUGCUCACUCCGGCGGCACUUGACGUCUUGAAGCAUGCGGUCACCGAGGCACGGAGAAGGGGCCACCCCCAGGUGCAACCCCUCCAUGUUGUCUCCAUGCUCCUCACUCACGCCGAGAGCCGUCUGCGACAAGCGUGUAUGUUAUCGCAUCCGCACAACUCUCAGGCCGCAGAGUGCCGGGCUCUGGAGGUUUGCUUCAAUGUUGCACUGGACCAUCUUCCGCAGUCCGCGUUGGCUGCUACCAGCCAGCCUAUUCUGUCAAAUGCCUUGAUGGCCGCUCUCAAACGCGCUCAUGCGCAUCAGAGACGGGGAUGCCCGGAGCACCAACAAUCCCCUCUGCUCGCCGUAAAAGUCGAGAUUGAUCAGUUGAUUAUUUCCAUUUUGGAUGACCCCAGUGUUAGUCGAGUCAUGAAAGAGGCAGGAUUUUCCAGCACUAACGUCAAGUUCAACCUGGAAGAUGGGCCUAGCACGGUGACUGUAGCUAACGGAGUAGAACAUCUGAUAAAUGGUCAUGUUACAAUCGGAUCAGGACAAUUGCCAAACGGAUCUGAGCAGGCUUCCAAGCACGGUAAUGAUAUGGUGUCCAAAGGUUCAUUUUAUGACAACAGUUGCAUGACUCACGAGGAGAAUGAGACAAAGACUUCUGCGAAGCUCUCGUCCGGAGUUAUGAAUCAGGCCAAUUCCAUGGGUUCAUGGCAGCAGUCUGAUGCAUCUAUUGGGAGUCAUGAGAGAAGAGAGUUAGCGAUUAAGACUCCGAACUCAUCAAAUCGGCUUGUUGGCCCUGGAGCUAGUCUUCCAUUAAGGGACGAGGAUGUUUUGAACAUCUUGGAAAUUUUUCUGAAACCUAAGAAUAGGAAUGUCAUUUUAGUUGGAGACACGAUGGCGGCGAAUAAUGUAAGUUCUAAUUUAGCGCUGAAGAUUAAACACGGGAAUGUGCCAGCACAACUGCAAUGCUUGCAAUUUCUGGACCCUCAGCUGUCUUCAUCGUCUUUUGGGUAUUGCAGCAGCCUUGAGAUUGAACAAAAACUUGCGGAGCUGAGUAAAAUUGUGGAGGAGUGUAUGCCUGCGGGUGCCAUCCUUCAUAUUGGGGAUUUGCAAUGGCUUGCAGAGCCUAUGCAAUUGAAGAAGGGCCCUUCAAAUUUUUGCCCUGCUCAACGAACUGCAUCUGAAUUGUGUCAGCUGCUAAUUCGGCAUGCAAGCAACAGAUUAUGGUUUAUUGGAGUGGCAACUCCCCAAAUUUUUGCACGACUGCAAGUUCUACACCCAUCUCUAUUAGCUGAUUGGGGUCUCCAGCCUGUGCAGAUUUCAGCAGUGUCCCAGCCUAACCUUCUAUCACGAUUUGCAAAUAAUACUCAGCUCAUGCAUGAUCUUUCGACGGUGCAUUCGCUAUCCGCAAGGGGAGGGUCCAUUAUGGAUGCUCGACAUGUGAGCAACAUGGGAGCAACUGAUAGGCUCCAAUGUUGCACUGAUUGUGUGGCCAAACUUGAAGCGGAGCGUCACCUUAUUCACGAGCAUGAAAGUCUCUCCCUACAAUUAUCACUUACUGGUGACAAAGCUAGCCCUGGAGGUGUGAAUGGAGGGAUGGGCCAGUUAAAGAAGCAGUCAGUGGCUCAGCAGUUGGUGCAGCUCGGACAGAAGUGGCAAAAGACCUGCAGGAUGUUACAUGGAGACCCACCACCAAUCCCUGUUUUGACCCGGUCAAAGCCGCAGCCGCCUUCCCCCUCGAGUCGACUGUCGGCUUCCUCUCACGGCAACCUUUCGAAGCCUUGUGAUCUGGAUCUUGACAUAUCCUCUCGAUGGUCUGGUCUAGAGAACAGACAGCUUGCAUCAUGUGCUGUAGAUCAGCCAUUCCGAACAUCACCGAGUUUUAUCAUGAAUAACUCAAGGCAAAGUAUAGUUGGAUCUCUGCAAGGAGUGGUGGAGGUGCAAGAUGCAGCCGCGUUGGGGGCUGACAAAAGCUCAGAUGCUCCAGAUGAGCCUGACUUGGGUUCUCCGAAUGAUGGAAGUAGCGUGGAUUCUGCACCAGAUGAUCCUGAAGGUCCCCAGGGGUCAACUGGUACUUCUGCCCAGAUAGCAUUCCUGGCUCCUAUCCAUACGAAUUUGGCCCUUGGAAGAGCUAAUGAUGCCUUCCUAAUGGCAGGUAAGCUGAGGGCUCCCAUAUCACUUGCAAUGAAACCCAGUCCUCUGCACGCGGCGGGGUUGGGGCCAGGCGCGGGUACUGGAGCAAGCACGAUCAGCUUGAAGAAUAAUAGUAAGCCACAUUGGCUUUUGCAAUCCCCUUUGCAUCAACGACGAGCUGCUCUGAACAGCACACCACGGCCCGGGGGCUUAUGUGGACUCUCAUCUGCAUCACCUUUGGCAAGACGUCUAACUCGUCUGUCGAAAUCUCCAAGUCCUCCCCCCGUUGCUUUGAAGGAAGUUGUGGAUGAUCCCACUUUGAAAGGCCUUUACAAGGGCCUUAUGCAACGUGUACCUUGGCAGUCUGGUGCAGUGGCUGGCAUUGCAGCCACUAUAAUGAAGUGCCGGUCUGGCAUGGGUAACUUCCGAGGUGCAACUGCCAAGACGGAUACAUGGCUGCUUCUACUAGGGCCCGAUUCGGUCGCGAAGGUUGCUAUUGCUAAAGCCCUGGCCGAGAUGGUUUUUGGUGGUGAGAGGAGCCUCAUUCAUCUUGGAUUUGCGGACGGGUCGCCAGCGAGGUUGGAAACAGACGACUUUAGGAUGAGAGGUAAAACUCCUCUGGACAGGCUGGUAGAAGCUGUUCGAAUGAAGCCUUCUUCAGUCCUAUUAUUGGAGGAUAUCGACAAAGCUACCAGUGUGUUCAGGAACAGCAUCGUGAGGGCUAUGGAGAGAGGCAAGCUUGCUGAUUCAAGUAUGCGUGAGGUGAGCGUCAGCAAUACGAUCGUCGUGAUGACUUCAAGUGUUGGCAGUGAGGAAUACGAGCUAGAGAAGAAUUCUGAGAACUUCACUUUUUCAGAAGCGAAGCUGGCUGCCAUGGGAAGAAUCGAUGUUCGAGCAAGGAUAAAGAAUGAGAGUAGUGGAAAGGUGGUUUUCAAAGGCCAUAACGAUAAGUUUUUUGUUGUAGACCAUAGUGAAUUACACCCGAAUGAGUCCAUUGGGACUAGUUUUUCUCAAAUGGAAGUUCCAACCUGGGUGAGUAAGCGGAAAUCGGACUCAUGGUUUCCAGGUCAAUUUCGCCCGAAGGUCGAGGUAAAGCGGACAAAACCUCCCGAGGGUAGGUUCCUAAACUUGGAUCUCAAUCUAGCCGCUGGAGAAAGCAAAUGCAACUGUGCGGUUAAGACAGAUUAUCAUUGCGCCAACGAGUUCGAUGAUGAGGUAAAACGUGAGAAGGUGUUGGAGCAAGCUCGGUUGAUGCUGUCUGAAAAGUUCUGUGCCUUACCUGAUUAUGCUGUUGGGUUAGAUUCUUAUGAUUUCAACGGGCUUGGAAUGGAGAUAUUGUACAAGCUCUGUAAAUCACUUGAGGAUCAUGCUCCACCCGAAGUGGGGGUUGAGAUCGAUCUUCGACUACUGGAGUACAUCAUAUCCUGUGUGUGGAGGAUACCUGGUGGGCGAAACAAAUUCAAUGCCUGGAUCGAUGACGUCUUUGCCAUGAGCAUUUCGAGAGCUCUUGCUGAUAUCAGCAACUAUGAGGGUUCUGUCGUGGAGUUUGUUGCGGAUCUGCCCGAAGUGAAGGAUGCCUUUGAGGGAGUUGCUCUGCCACACAGCAUUAAUUUUGCGUCCACCAUGGCUGUGUAGGUUAAAGGUCUUUACAGGCCCAAUAGCGAUACUUUGAUUCUAAGUUCACAAGUUCUCUUCCUAUUCAAUUCUGUCAUUGUCACAUUGAGGGUUGCUGGAGUGAUGGAUUGAAAGUUAUAUCUUCGCUAGUUUUAUGUCCCAUUAGUUUCAAACCAUGGUGUAUGAAGCCAUAUGGAGCUGCUUCAUUUGUCCAGUCAGUAGCUUAUUUUCCCUUGACUGAGGUUUUGCUUCUUGAACCCGCGGGUUGCAAGUUGAGGUGCCCACACAACUCAUGAACUUGUCAUGGCGCUCAUUUGUAAUGCUUCAAGAGACCUGCCGUCUGCGUUAUUGGAGUAGAGCAUUUUACUGAGCUUGUUACAGGAAGUCUCCACGCAAGAGGUGCUCUAUCCGAUCACGGGGUAGCCUUCUUUGCAGCCUCUUCUGUAUCUCUGUUUUCAGGGCGCAGUGUAGUGAGGUGGGGUGAAACUCGUGGAGUUUGCAGUGCAGUUUUCUUUCUGUGCACUUGUACAGUGAAUAUUCAACAUGAAUACCUUGCAUUCACAUUGGGUGAGGUUGCCCAUAUACACACA